AUUGGGGAGAUGCCUUCAUAUGAUCUGAUGCUGUCCAAGGCCUCCAAAGGUCAAAAACGUCACCUCUCAACAUGUGAUGUCGCAACUAUGUAAAGCAUCAUCACAGAGUCGGUCACUUCUGAUACAAAAGAGAGGCUUUGUAAACGCCUCUGGUCAUCAUCUCUGUUGCAUUAGAGCCAUCUGUUCCAUUUGCAGUCCUUAAGAAGGGAGCUUUUCAGCACAGGUGGUAUGAGAUCAUAGUGGAACAUCCUCUUACUCAGUACACUUCACCUGUGCUUUAACUCAUUAGAUGCAGAAGCAUCUACCCGUCGUGCAUGGUGGUGACCUGCAUAGUUGAGUCAAUGGCAUAUUUUCUGUCAAGUCUCCUCCCUUACACGUGGAAGGACAGGGAGCAUCUCUCCUUAUGUUGGAAUCUUACAUUGAUAUUUGGGUCCCUUCACCUAAAUGACCUGAAGUUUUUGUGAUGGGACAUAACUUUUACCAGCAGUUCAGCUUGCAAAAAAAAAAAAAAAAAAAUUGGUUGGUACUGUUUUCCUGCUUGGUUCUUUUGAAAUAUCCCUUUUUAAUGAAUUGUAAAUUUCACUCAUUCUAUAGGUCAAAAUCCUCCUAAAAAGCAAGCCGGUUCCAAAUUCCAUGUGAGACCUCGUUUUGAGCCUGUACAUUUUGUAGCUAGUAGUUCAAAAGAUGAAAGACAGGAAGAUCCUUAUGGCCCUCAAACAAAAGAGAGAAAUGAACAAACACAUUUUGCCAACAUGCCAAGAGACAUCUACCAAGAUUAUACUCAAGACUCUUUCAGUAUACAAGAUGGGAACUCUCAGUAUUGUGAUUCAUCAGGAUUUAUUUUCACAAAAGACAAGCCUGUCACAGCCAACAUGUAUUUUGACAGUGGGAACCCUGCCCCCAGCAGCACAUCACAGCAGGCAGACUCUCAGUCACCUCCUGAGCCUUCACCAUCACAAACAUUUCCUGAGUCAGUGGUAGCUGAGAAGCAGUAUUUUAUUGAAAAAUUAACAGCAACUAUCUGGAAGAACCUUUCUAAUCCAGAGAUGACAUCUGGAUCUGAUAAAAUUAAUUACACCUAUAUGUUAACUCGUUGUAUUCAGGCAUGUAAGACAAAUCCUGAAUAUAUAUACGCUCCUUUAAAAGAAAUCCCUCCUGCUGACAUCCCCAAAAAUAAAAAACUUCUAACAGAUGGUUAUGCCUGUGAAGUUAGAUGCCAGAACAUCUACUUAACUACAGGCUAUGCUGGCAGCAAGAAUGGGUCCAGGGAUCGAGCUACUGAGCUAGCUGUAAAACUCUUGCAGAAACGUAUUGAAGUUAGGGUUAUCCGAAGGAAAUUCAAGCACACAAUUGGAGAGGACCUUGUGGUAUGUCAGAUUGGCAUGCCUUCAUAUGACUUUCCUCCAGCUCUGAAACCACCAGAAGAGCUGGUGGUGCUGGCUAAAGAUGCUUCUGGGCAGCCGAUUUUUAAUGCUUCCGCCAAACACUGGACCAAUUUUAUCCUUACAGAAAAUGCAAACGAUGCAAUUGGUAUCCUUAACAAUUCUGCCUCAUACAACAAAAUGUCUGUAGAAUACAAAUAUGAGAUGAUGCCAAAUCGUACAUGGCGUUGUCGAGUAUUUUUGCAAGAUCACUGCUUAGCUGAAGGUUAUGGAACCAAAAAAACAAGUAAACAUGCAGCUGCUGAUGAGGCUUUGAAAAUCCUUCAAAAAACACAGCCCACUUAUCCAUCUGUCAAAAGUUCACAGUGCCAAACAGGCUCUUCACCCAGGGGAUCUGGAAAGAAGAAAGACAUAAAGGAUCUUGUAGUUUAUGAGAAUUCUUCCAAUCCUGUGUGCACGCUGAAUGACACAGCUCAGUUUAACCGAAUGACAGUUGAAUACGUCUAUGAAAGAAUGACAGGCCUCCGAUGGAAAUGCAAGGUGAUUCUUGAGAGUGAAGUAAUUGCAGAAGCAGUUGGAGUGAAGAAAACUGUCAAAUAUGAAGCUGCGGGGGAAGCUGUGAAAACCCUCAAAAAGACCCAACCGACUGUCAUUAACAAUUUGAAGAAAGGAGCUAUUGAAGAUGUGAUUUCCAGAAAUGAAAUUCAGGGCCGCUCAGCAGAGGAGGCUUAUAAACAGCAAAUCAAAGAAGAUAACAUUGGAAAUCAGCUGCUGAGAAAGAUGGGUUGGACGGGUGGUGGUUUAGGUAAAUCUGGUGAGGGCAUUCGGGAGCCAAUCUCUGUCAAAGAGCAGCAUAAGCGGGAAGGGCUUGGUCUUGAUGUAGAGAGGGUAAAUAAAAUUGCCAAGAGAGAUAUUGAACAGAUCAUCAGAAACUAUGCCCGCUCCGAGAGCCACACGGAUUUAACUUUCUCUACAGAGCUGACUAAUGAUGAGCGGAAGCAAAUACAUCAGAUCGCCCAGAAGUAUGGUCUUAAGAGUAAGUCUCAUGGGGUGGGCCACGACAGAUACCUGGUGGUAGGAAGAAAAAGACGGAAGGAGGACUUACUCGACCAGCUCAAACAGGAAGGCCAAGUGGGGCAUUAUGAGCUGGUGAUGCCUCAAGCAAAUUGAGAUCUUGCUAAUUUAUUGUGCAGAUGCCUGAGGCAGAUUUAUGAAUUAAAGAAGUGAUGCUAUAUGUACUGGUUGCAGAGUAUAUUCAUUCUUACGAUGUUUCACCUUGUUCAUUUCAUAUAGUGCUUUAUUAGAUAUUGCAACUUGAAGAAUACUGUCCACUUGUAUUAGCUUAAUCCAGCAGAUAAUAUUGUGCAGUUACUGUUUAUGUCUUUGAUGUUGCUGUGUCCCUCAGAUUUUAGUGGUUUGUACAAAGCAAGAACACAUAUCCAAAUGGAAUUUCACCCCAAGAAAGAAAUUCCCAUUUUAAAGGGCAUAGCACAACAAUCUGCAACAAUAUGUAAAAUUGAUGUUGACUACAAUAAAACUGCUAAGUCGCGUCAGUCAUGUCCGACUCUGUGAGACCCCAUAGACGGCAGCCCACCAGGCUCCUCCGUCCCUGGGAUUCUCCAGGCAAGAAUACUGGAGUGG